AUGGACCAGUGCUUUGGGGCCUGGCAGCAGUUCGUGCAAAGAGGGUCCCGGUACCGAGACCACCUGGCUGACUGCCGGACGGGGACCCUGAGGAAAUGCCUGGAACAGUGGGUGCGGAUGAAGCAGCUCCGGGAAUCAGAUGGGGCAAAGGUGACCCAGCUGUCCCUCUGCCGGCAGAAAGCAGGACGUGAGGCUCUCUACACUGCAGGCGCUGGAGCCUGUGGCCUGGGUACAGUAGGCCAGGCCCAGGGGCUGCAGGAACAAGGCCGGGGCUCCCUGCAGGAUGCCUGCAGACACUGGCCCUCUGCCGGGCGCCGGACACUGGCCCUCUGCCGGGCGCUGCUGCUGUGGAAGACGCGGCUUUUCCAGCGCCAGUGGGCCAAACAGUCAGGGCGGCCUCCUCUGUUCCCGCCUGGGCAGCAGUUCCUGCAUGAAAAGUGCCAGACAUGGGUGCAGGUCCACCUCCAGGGCCUGCAGAAGGCGGUGUUCCGGAGCUGGCAGCAGGCAGCAGCUCGUCAGAGAUGCACAGUGACCCGGCCAGAGCAGCUACUAUUGCAGAGUUACUUCCAGGCCUGGUGUGAAGUUGUAAGAGACACGGGGGUGCCCCGGGCCCAGCAUCAAGCCUUUCAGGAUGGCCUGAAGAGAAGGGCACUGGGGGCCGUGUUUGCCACAUGGCGGGAAGCCCAGGAAGCGGCAGCUGGGGCACAGGAGCAGCGUGUGGCCCAGGCCUCCCUUGCCUGCUGGAGAAGCUGCGGGCAGCAAGGCCAGGAAGAUGGACAGCAGAAGAAGGCCCGGGCCCCGCAGGCCUUCCCAGCAUGGCCAGUGGCCCCGGGCAUGCACCGUGGGGCCCAGCAGCAGGCAGGAGCGAGCGCUGGGGCCCAGGCAGCCCAGUGCUGGACUCGGUGCUGGGCUCUGUGGGUGCGUGAGUCCUGUCAGGGCCAGGUCAGCCGAGCCCAUGCUUCCUGGAAGCCGCGAGCCUGGGUCCUAGAGGCCUCGGCGCAGUCGGCGGCUUGCGGCAGUGUCCAGCGAGCCAUCGUCACCCAGCUCCGGCAGGCUGAGCUCAGGCGCUUAUUGCGGACGGCGCAGCUCAGGGUGCGGCUGGGACUGCGGGCCGAGGCCCCAGGGGCCAGCAAGACCUGCAGCUGCUGGACACAGGCCACAGAGCUGGUGGCCCCCUCGCCAUCACUGCAGUGCAGCCUGGGUGGACAGAGGAAGAAGCCAAGGGGAACGGCCUGGGCUCAGAGGUGCAGAGAACAUUCCCUCUGCCCUGCCUUUCAGCUCUGGCUGCAGUGGCCUGGACAGAGUAGCUGGGUCCCAGGCCUGCCCCUGUGGACAAGGGACCAGGGACCAAGAGGGCACUCCGGCCCUGAGCCCAGAGCCCUCAAAGCCCAAAGCGAGGCCCAUAAAAGGAGGCUAGGUGCUCGUUCCUGCAGGAUCCUGGAAAAGCAGGCCCAGGCCCAGGCCCAUGGCUCUGCCCUCCUUCUGGCCCUGAAGGGUCACGAUGCUGGCCAUCAGGAGGAAGUACCUGCGGCACUGGUGCCUUGAGGCACUGCUUCACGGGCUGCAGGGUUCCCAGCGGGCCAGGUGCCUGGCAGUGGCAUGGCAGCACUGGGUGGAUGCCCAAGGGGCAGAGCAGCUGGCACGGACCCUGCUCAGGGAGUGGCACCUGAGAUCGGCCUGGCGGACAUGGUGGCAGCGGAUCCUGCGACUGCGAGCGGCUCAGCAGUUACAGCAGCAGGAAGAUGGGCCUUUAAGAAGUGGCACCAACGCCUGGCAGGCAGGAGCCCAAGGAGAGGAGCUGCCAGUAGCCUGAGACCCUGGAGCAAGCCAGGCCCCAAGGGCCCCGAGAGUGGACAGGAAGCCGCCAGAGCCCCACGGGGUUGGGGGCUUGGGGCAGCGCACGGGCCCAGCUGCAGCUGUGACUUGUUCCCAUAGAAUAAAAAGCAGAACUGA